AUGCGAGACUGCAAUGUUACAAAUAAUUUACGUUGUAUUUUAUUCUCCACUUUGCUAGUUGGAGCAGUGAGCUGCUGGUUCAACAAAUUUACCCAUAAUUCAAUCAACUCUUGGGAACAGUUGUCUAAGGACUUUAAGAAACAGUUCCAAGUAGCAAGGGAUAGGCAACCUGAGACGUCCUCCCUCACUAACAUAAAGCAGCAACCAGGCGAGAUGCUUAAGGCCUACCUAAGUCGCUUUAGCACAGAUGCUACGAGGGGUCGCCCAGUGAAAAACAUCAGUGAGUUAAAUGAAAGAGCUCAAGUGUUUGUUCGAAAAGAGGAAGCAAGAAAAAAGAUGAAGUUGUUAAAGACUGGCUCGGGAGGUAAACCCAGCACUGUCUCGAAAAGCACCGUCUCGACCAAGGCUGACAAUCUAGGAGCCUCUAGUUCAAAGAGUAAAGAUAACUGUAAGGAGUUAGCCAAGGACAAGGAAAAGCAAAAGAAGCACGACAAGUACUUGCCAAUAUACACCGUUUACACUGAGCUUAAUGAAACUCGAGAAAACAUCUAUCUCGCACAUGAGGACAGGGUCGCAUUCCGUAAACCUGAGCCCAUGAGCAAUGGACAAAACAAGCCAAAUCCGCCCAAUAACCCAGGCAACCAAGGAUUACAACCUCCUCCUCUUGAAGGAGAGGAUAUUUUGGUUACCUCGCAAAGGCCACAUGUUGUAGGGGAAAGUAACAAUGCCCGAAAGAGAUAUGUAAAAGAAGUGAAGAACGAGCAGACUGCUUUUUCUCCGAAACCUUCUAAGAAAGCUAAGACUGAAGAACCUCUGAUUGUAUUCCCCGAGGAAGAUGAAAAAUGCGUGAGAUAUCCUCACGUCAACUCACUGGUAGUUCCCAUCCAGCUCGCCAAUAAAAGGAUAAAAAUGGUGCUGGUGGACAACGGGUGUUCAAUGCACAUCCUUCAUAAGGACACACUGAAGAAAAUGGGACUUGAAAAAGUCAAACUAAAACCUUCCAUGGUAAAUCUGUGUGGAUUUAUUGGUGACAGUGUCGCCAGUAAAGGAAUAAUCGAGCUUCCAUUAACUGUGCGUGGAGCACGUUUAUCCUGUUGGGUUUUGUGA